CUCCCCCGCUCCCCACCUUGCCACUGAUCUGCUGCAUAUUCCUCGGGUGUCUCUUUUGCACUCGCGUCCUCCACCGCUGCCUCUGUCUCAGCCCUCCUCCCACAACCACCUCCUGGUGCGGGGUGGCCGGGAGUCGGGCCCUUGUGGGUGGAGGGAUUCAGCAUCGCGCUUGGCUGGGGGAGCUGUGCGGAAUUAGCCAUGCCCUGCCCAGGCUUCCUCUGACCGGCUGCGUUUCUCCGUCUUCUCUCCGCCUGCACACCGGAGGGCAGCGUAGGAUGAGAAUCGGCCAACAUGAUGCAAGGACUGAAAAACCGAACCAGGAAAGCCCUGCUGGGUCUUCGAAAGAAAGACAAAGACACAGACACAACGAGCUCACCUGACAAAGAAGGGGCUGGAAGUGGAAAGAAGAAAAAGGCCAAUGGGGCUCCCAAUGGUUUCUAUGGGGAGAUUGACUGGGACAGAUAUGCCUCUCCUGAUGUGGACGAGGAGGGAUUCAGCCUCCGGCCCGGUGACGAGGGCGAUGUUGCUUCCAAAGCAAAGCACUUUUUCUCCUCCAGCGACUCUGAAGACGAUGACGAAAGCAGGAAAAAGUUCAAAAUCAAGAUCAAGCCGCUGGUGUCGGAUAGUGCCAAGUGUGUCCCUCCGUCUAUGGACGAGCUAAAAGCCUCAGUGGGAGGCCUGGCCCUCUCUCCGUCUCUGAAGAGAAGUCCGAGACGCAGCCCGGGGCAGAUAAAAAGAAAUUUGUCCUGUGAGGAGAUUGCCAGACCGAGACGCUCCACCCCGACUCCAAGUCCUGCGCCUGAGAUGCCAAGUGACAGGCUAUCACAGAACGUUCCCUCUUUCUAUGGGCUGCCUUCAGAGACCAAAUAUGCCAGAUAUGAUGUGGUUCCUGCUGAUAUGUGGGUAGAAUCAAGACCACGCUCAGACUCUCCACUGGGCAUUAGUUUCCCAACAGGAGCUCCUCCUCCUCUUCCUCCUAAAAACAUUCCAUCAAGAAGUCAUUAUGGUUAUCCGUCAGAAUCGGCUGCUGAUCUACCCAAUGGGAGAGCAGCUCACAGUUCUGCCCCCAUCUACCUGAACGUCCUGUCCCCCGCCUCUUACCGAGGCUCCCCGGGCCCUGACAUCGACGACGUGUUCGGCCCCGUCGACAGCCCUCAAACCAGUGAGGAAGCAGUGUCACCCAGAUGGGUUACCUUCACUGAUGACAGACCCCCGCCCCCCGAUGAACCCGCUCCCCCUCCGCCGCCGGACUCUCCUGCCCCAGACACGCCCUCGUCCACCCCCUCCACGCCCUGCCUCUCACCCGGACCGCCGCCAGACGAGCCCCCGCCUUCACCCCCACCUUUUUCUCCUGGGUCUCCUCCUCCUUUCACGCCACCGGAAUCGCCCCCCUCCAUUGUGCUCGGACCUCCUCCUCCGGAUGAGCCGGCGCCUCCCCUGCCACCUGACUUCUCGCCCUCUAAAUCGCCCCCCGUCUGCCUGGAUGAGGAGGCGCUCGACGAAGAGGUGCUGCUGUUUGCAGCGUACUCAUCCUCCCGUGCUCCCAUCAGCCCCGUGCCCCCUCUGCCAGCCGAGAGGAGGUCUCCUCGGAUAGGAGUCACUUCUCCCCUGGUCCUGGGGGGCGCUGGAGGAAAAAGAACCCCAGAGGGUGCUUACCUGAGAGAUGAUAUCCCAGACUUUGUGGGCUCACCCAGAGAGCUGACGCCGAGCUUCAGGGGAACGCCGCCUCCUCUCCCUCCAACCACCUACAGGUCUAUCAUGUCUUCCCCUGGGCCGUACUCAGGCAGCGGCCCCUCGUCUCCAGCUCGUCCUGCCACGCCCCAGUCCCGAGGCAGCCCAGUUCCUCCGCCUCCUCCCCCUCGACCGUCCUCGAGACCAAAGCUGCCCCCUGGGAAACCAAUCACAGACCUGUCUCGACCCUUCAGUCCGCCGGUUUCGGGCAGCCCCCCUCCUUUCGCACCCCUGGCCCGGUCAGAGAGCUCUUCCUCCAUCUCCUCCAUUACCUCACAGAGUGCAGCAUCCACUCCGACCUUAGGGAGGGACCUCAACAUGUCCACCACAGAGGCCUCACAGCCUCUGGUAUGGUUUGACCAUGGCAGGUUUUAUUUAGCUUUUGAAGGAUGCUCCAGAGGACCCAGUCCACUCACCAUGGGACCCCAGGACACUCUGCCAGUGGCUGCUGCCUUCACAGAAACCAUCAAUGCCUACUUUAAAGGCGCUGAUCCCAGCAAAUGUGUUGUGAAGAUCACAGGGGAGAUGGUGCUCUCUUUCCCUGCGGGCAUCACCCGGCAUUUUUCAAGCCACCCGACUCAGCCCAUCCUCACCUUUAGCAUCAGCAGCUACAACAGACUGGAGCAGGUCCUCCCCAAUCCACAGCUGCUCUGCUGUGAUACCACCACAGAGAGUGUCGACACCAAGGAGUUCUGGGUAAAUAUGCCAAACUUGAUGAGCCAUCUGAAGAAAGUGGCUGAACAGAAGCCUCAGGCCACUUACUACAACGUGGAUAUGAUCAAAUAUCAGGUGUCAGCAGAUGGGAUCCAGUCCACUCCUCUGAAUUUGGCAUUGAGCUGGCGAGGCGACGCCACCAACACAGACCUUAGAAUAGACUACAAAUACAACAAUGAGGCCUUGGCUGCUCCUGUGCCACUACACAACAUUCACUUUCUGGUACCUGUGGAUGGAGGCACAGCCAAACUCCAGGCCAUGAUCCCGCCUGCCAUCUGGAAUCCAGAGCAGCAGACGAUACAGUGGAAGAUCCCCAGCCUCUCUCAUAGAUCUGACAACGGAGCUCUUUUUCCUGCAGGAGUAGGGGCUCUCCUGGGCCGGUUCCAGAUGAGAGAGGGUCACUGUAAACCGUCCCAGCUGGCGGUGCAGUUUACCAGUGAGGGCAGCACUCUGUCAGGGUGCGACAUCCAGCUGGUUGGCACUGGUUACCGGCUAUCACUGGUCAAGAAGAGAUUUGCUGCAGGGAAAUAUUUGGCGGAUAAUUAGUGGACCUGUUUGUGAAAGGGAUCCAAGAUCAAUGGCUUUUGACUGUGACGACAAUGGACCCAUCUCAUGUUUAGUGUGUUUCAAACUUUAUCUUUAGCAGCCAUUGGAAUGAAUGGUUGAGAUUAAACAGACCACAACACAGGUACAUGAUAUUUGACCUUAUGACAUCAUAUUCAGUAGACCAACUGCUGCUGAGUUUAUGCAAGUAAACACAAAUCCUUAGUUCUGUGUACGUGGAAAUCUUCAAGGGUUUCACAGAGUUCAGUACAGAGAAAACAUGAUUUGUUAUUGUUGACAUAAUUGUGGAUUCAUGCAGCGAUCCAGCCUUAUUCAUUUCAAUUCCUUUUGUCUAACUGGUUGUCAUUGCAAAAUGCACUGUAAAAGAUAAUGUGAAUAGAUUAUAUAAUAUAAAAACAAUCUUAAACAAGGUGGAAAAGAAUGGAAAUGUAAAAAAAAAAAAAGUAGUAUAAGAUUACUUUGCAGUUAUAUUACAAUAAGUUAUAGGUUACAUCGUAAUAUCUGAUUUCCACUGCCACCCCAAUCUGAUUUUUUUUUUUCACCAUGUGUGAAAAAUCUUUAGUCGUCCAAACAGAGAUUUUGUUUCUGUCGAGAUGAGCAUUUGAAAUGUCACAGCCCAUCCGGCAGUCUUGCAAUUAAAGGUGAUUGGUCGCGUCACAGUUCAGAAUGACCUGCAGCACAUGUUACCUUUUGAAAGGGAAUUAUAUUUGGACAUUUUGAGCACUGAAAAAACAUUGUUAGCAAGUACAUAAAUGAUAUUUGUAAAUAAAUUGUCAUCAAGAAAAGAAUAAUUUGAAUUAAGCAUCUAAAAUUCUGUGGCAAAACUUUGCCUUUUCUCAAAUUGAAUUUCAAGCUUUUAAAUUCAACUUUAAAUUUGCUACAGUCAAUAUUUAAAUAUUGAUGAUCGCAUAUGUAUUUUCAUGUGAAAGGGGCUGCUUGUAUGGUUUACAUCCUGCUAGUAUAAUUCAGUCCAUAGCAGGCGGCUGUUUUCAGCCCAAAAGCAGUGAUAUACCUACAUUACGCUACCUGCCCAUUACUAAACCACAGAAAGACAAAGUUAGCCGGUGAACAUAGUGGAGCAUUUAAUCUGCUGUAUUGAGUGUAACAAUCUCACAGUGUUUCCCUUAAGAAUAAGCAGUUGUAUUGUAUACACGAUACAACAUCUGAAACUGUAGCACAGAGAGGUUGUUAUUGUGCGCUUGUGUGACUAAGAACGAACAAACAAAUUAAUUUAUGGAGCACAAUUUUUGCUCAAAUUCUAUUCUUUUGUCGACAAUUUCUCUACAAAAUAUAAUUCAUGUGCCUGAAAACAUUUUUCCCGUGCUCAGGAUUGAAGUAAAUACAGUAUAUGUCAUACUCUAUGGCAUAUAAACACUUUUAUUGGUGGCAUUUUGCCAUGAACAGGGCUGAUCGUGGCAGUAAAUCAGUUGCAGCAGUUUGACCUGCUGAAGAACGACAGCGUUCCACUGUGGGCAAGUGCAAUGCUGAGAUACAUUGAAAAUGUCCCCCAUCACAGGACUGUAGUGGUCUUUGUGGUGGUGUGAGUGAUCGGUCAGAUUUUUUUAACAAUAAACUGAUAUGAUGAGUAACGUGAGCUGCUACUUGGAACAGUUUGGGCUAAUCGUUCUGUCAAUGCUGCAGAAUUUAAUGUUUGAAAGGGCCUUAAGAUGUUCGAUACACACAGAGCCGGGUGUGAGUGCCAUACAGUGGUGAAAAGGAGCUUUAAGUUUCAGGAGAAAUGCAGAGGGACCUGGACUGACGAUUGUAGGACUUACCUUCAAUGCUGCUUAAAAACUUGGCCAGUUCCUUUCGACUGUGAUCUUUGACAGAGGUUUUUCGACGAGGAUCACUGGGGACACCUCAGAGUAAUGAAAAGAAAUGUCUAUCGAGGAGGUAGCACUACUGGUGUCCCUGAUUUAAUUUCUUCCUUUUCCACCAUGUUGAAUAAAUGUUUUAUCAUUAUUUUCUAAUAGCAAUAUUUAAAAAACUUAAGUGUAAAAAGUGUACAUAAAAAAAAAGCUAUGUUUCAAAUAUUUCUCUGGGCAUAUAGAUGUGUCUGUGGUUGUCUCUUUGUUAAUUGAUGUCAGCACCCAUAAUGCAUUAGGUUCUGUGUAACCCCACCACCACUUUUCUGCAUCUAUUCUUUCUACAUGUGGGUUUCUUGUACAAAGAAGUGUUACUGUGGACGAAUAACUCCAAAUGGUGCCGCAUGAAAUCUGCAUUUGUCCAUCCCCAGUCUUUAUUAAUGCAAUACCAGUUCCUCCAUUUCAACAAGGUCAUUGUACGUGUUAUUGUGUAAUUGUGCAGUGAGAGGAGACGUUUUGCCUUCACAUGAAACUCCACUCUCUGUUUUGCUGUCGAUGCACCUUCAGAAGAUCGUUGUCAAUGCAUUUGGCAUGUGUUCAUUGAUAUUCCCAUUCCAUGCAUCUAAAUAUAGGUGUUUGACAUUCUCCUGUGUUGGACUUGCAAAAAAAAAAAAACCCACCUUAAAUUUCCUUCAUCAAAACAAUCCAUGGCUUCACGUCAUGCAUACACACACACACACACACACACACACACACGUUGGUAUGUUGUGUUUGAACAUCACAUUUUACAGAAUGUUUCGAUGUGUUGACUCACAGUUUGGGCUUGGGUGUAACAUUUGAUUUGGUUCAGGAAAAAGGAAGCAACCCUGUUAUUUGCGGUUAGUUUAGAGCAAUGUUUCAACAUGUGUUUCUGUUGACAACGCUUUUGUUCUUUUGCCUUAUUUAUGUCCUCCAGUAUUGGAGGAUUUACUCUAAGUUUAUUUUUUUUCUACAACUCUUUUUGCUGUAUUCCUUUCACUGCGGUAGACACAGAAUAUGCAAACAUUUCAUGUAAAUUUCCCAUCCAAAGAUUUUGAAAAUAAAUAUAUGAAAAAUCAA